UUGACGAGUAUAUGAUAUGGUUUCGUCGCAUCACGAGGUUACGCCUGACGAAUCCAUCGAGGCGACCACCUUCUACACAUUAUCAGCCUGCGUCUGCAGAUAUAGUACUGGCACAUACUUUAUCUGAUAUUGCUCAUAGGUGCGGUACUGUGCUAGAGGCUUCUGAGUCAUUGCCUCCAGAUAUGGUGCGUGACUUGUAUGCGCAGACAUUGCAGACUAUGAGGGGAUUGUGUGUUGAUGCUGUUGGCCGAGCUGGACAUGGCCACAUCGUACAGGGCGUGCCUACUUCUGCUGGAUAUACAUCGACUUCUACAUCUUCUACGUCUGCUGCCCAUAUAUCUACCACAUCAGCUUUGCUUUCACCUCCAGUCACUCAGAGGGCCUAUCGACGACGUUCUGACACUACUCCCCCUUCUCUUGAUGCCAUUGCAGAGACUCAUGAAACCACACCUAGCUCAUCUACACCUUCACAAAAGAAGAAGAGAGGGUUUUAGAAGUUUCAUUUAUUGUUUAUGUAGUUAGUUAACAUUAUUUUCUCACUCUAACUUGUAACUAAAAUUUUUUUACAUACAUUUGAAUGUGUAUGAGUUGGUGAUGAGUGAUCAAUGUGUGGCUUAUAUUUGGUGUUGUUGAAUGGAAUUUG